AUGGCGUUUCUAAAUGGUGGAAAUCAUUCUAUGAAUUUGGAUAUAAGAAAAAAUGACAAUAGCAGCAUAAUACAGAGUAGAAGCUGCGAUAAUUUGUGUGUACAGAGUGAGACAGUAACGCCCUGUGAGAUGAAAAGGCUCCAAACUGAAAAACAAUUCAGCGAUGACCUGGGAUAUUUCAACAAGCAAAAUUACUUAUCUUUCUCUACCUGUUCCUCAGCCUCGACGGACCUAAACUUUGAGGAGCUGACCAAUAGGCUGGACGAAAUAAAGCAAAAAUACACGGAAAAUAACACCUCAAAAAUCGUAGAUAUACUAUCUGAAUGUAUUUACAAAGAAGCAGAUGAUGUGGACGAUAUCACUACAGUGAAUAGCACCAAACACAAUCUGUUAUACACCACAGUAACGUCUGGACCAUCACUUGUGCCACAGGCAACUGAUGAUAACAAUAAAAUCUAUGGACGUAUAAAAUCAGAUGAUAGAUUACACAGCCAAAUUUGUUAUCACAUAGACAAAUCCACACAAACUACCAAAAACAAUACAAAUAAUUCAAUAGACAGAGAUUCUAUUGCUUCUGACAAUAACGAGGGCUUAAUAGUACACAAAGGUACAAUUGUCAUCCCAUGCAAGGGAAUUAAAUUGGUAUUAACUUCCGACCAUUGUAAAAUAAUCAUUGAUAACAGCCCUUAA